AUGCCAUCAGAAGCGAAGCAAUCUGCCCGUUACCUGGAGAAAGUUUUCGAACUCCCUAAAGAAAUAGACCCUCAAAACGAAUCAUCAGACGAAGCGUCUGAAGGCUCCGACUCUGAUUCUGAUGAACAAAGCCGAGAAAUCGACCAGGCCAUAAAAAGAACCAUCAGAGCCAAUUUAUUCAAGCGUAUCAAAACAGAAGAAGGAAACAUCGCCGGAGCUGCUCGUUGGGAAUUCGAAAUUGAAUUCGCCGAGCAAUAUAACGACAACAACAAGGCUCCAUCAAAUCCAGCACCUCAGCCACCAGGCGGGCUUACGGUUGGAAGUUACACUUACUACCCGACACAAGACUCUCCGUAUUCGGAGGCGUUCUCAGACCAACAGCGCCAACAAUUCAGACAACACUUGUUGUCGAUACGAGACUGGUCCAAGAUGAACGAAACCGUGGAGUUCGAUGAUGAAGAGCUUCGAAGCCCUCUGCCAGAUGUUCUUGGUUUGGAUACCAACGGUACAACGGGCGUUGCCGACCUUUUUGAUAAUGCCAACGAAAGCGAAGAUGAUAUUUCUCAAUCUGACGAGGAAGAGGACCUUGAGAAGUUUGAUUCCAAGGAUAACACAUCUGAGAAGGGAGACUUCGAAUCAGAAGAAGAGGAUGAAGUUCAAGAGAAACCCAAAUCCACCAAACAGAAGAAGUCAUCUUCUAAGCCAGGCAAGACUGGACUGAACUCUGGUAGGAAGACUAUGGUUCCGUACGAUAUCUCUUUGGGACCAGCCAGUGGAAUCAUCAGUGGAGUCCCUUGGAUAAGUGAGGACGAGGAAUCUGACGGAUCCACGAUGACCAAGGCCAGAAUCGCAAGGGGGAUGGCCGACUGGAGGAUGGGAAAAGAUGAGGAAGCCAAGUGCUGGGGAGACAUUCGGUGCAAGGAGAAGCCGGCUGCCAAAAAAGGCUCCAGCCAGGCUAAGAAAUGGACCCUCAAGCUGGCUCUCUUCGAUAUUGACUGGAGAUUCGCCAGGGCUGGCUUUGCAGCAGACAGAGAGGGGAGAUUUCCGCUAAGCCACCCUCUGGAGACCAGAUACUCAAAUGUGGUUGGCUGGGUGCAACUUCUGUUUACAGACCCGUCAGUAGCCAGAUCUGCAGCAAACGGUAAGGGUCCUGCACAGAGUGAAAUCAGCGAACUUUCACGUCUUAAGACCCAAUGCAAAAAUCUCUAUAUGGCUUGUCUAAAUGGAGAUAUGGCCAGUUAUAGGGGUAAACUACGCAGUUACACAUCCUAUCUACCGGACCCUGAUCUAGUUUUUGCCUCACAAUUUAUUGACCCUUUCGGAUCAUUUAACGGUGUUAUUGCAAGCGCAUUAGGGGCUGCUGGUUACAGCCACUACAUGGAAUUGGAUAAUACAACACAGGCACAGAGCCUGCUGUACCCGCCGUCAGAUCAGAAUCAAAAGCUACUCUGGGCUAUAACUGAUGCCAAUCAUCGCAUCGCUGAGCUUGAGGCUCGGCAUAAGGAUGAUAUUGAUCGACUAAAAAGCGAGUUGAUGGAUGAAAUCGCUGAGCUGAAAGGCAACACAGUCAAUCAGACUGCUGCCAGACCUGGAGGUAUUGAAGCUCAUGAGCUUGCUACCAUCAAGAGCGAUAUAUCGAAGCUCAAGAGCGAGACAGCUGAGAUUACUACAGUCAAGGGCGAGAUUGCAGAAUCCAAGGAUAAACAGCCAGAUCUAUCCCUUUACUGCCUGAAAUCAGACCUUGGACAAUUCCAUGACGAUCUCAUAUCGAAACUGAGGGAAAAGUUUGGAGAUGUGAAUGGGAGGCUUGAUAAGGUAGACAAGGUUCUACUAUCCAAGGAGAACACUACAGAAAAUCUGAAGAAGCUAGCGGCAAGUACAGUCCAAGCUGCCAUAAAAGAGGCCAGUUUCACAGAGCAUAUCAAGAAGGUAGCAGAAUCUACAGCAGAAUCUAAGAUUCAAGCUAUGGUCAAGGAGGACAGAGCGGCCAAAUCGACGGCAGAAAAGAAGCGAAAGAGAGAGGCAUCAGUUGAGUCCAGACGCCCAAAAUCGACUCCAAAAUCGACUCCAAAGCCGACUCCAAAGCCGACUCCAAAGCCAUCUGAUACGGAGAAGAAUCAGAGAAACCAUCUCGCGCUAGAUUUUUGA